AUGUCGGUUAAAGUAGAUAAAAGUUCUCUGACGAAGGGAAUAUCAAAAUCUCGAAAAGGACAUCCAAAGAUAGAUUCAGUUUCCCCUACCACCUCACAAGUUUUGACGAUACGAAACUGUAACAAGACAAUCAUUGAGGAAACAACAAAGCCUAUCAAGAGUAAUGGCAACAACACCGCUACUACUAGUAAUGGUAAUGUAAUAGGUAAGAAAAGUAGUAGUGGCUUUGGUAAUACUGUCGUUACUAGUGCUCGCCGGCGUAAAUCUCCAUCUAAUGUAAGAAGAAGAAGAGAAUUUGUACACUCCAGAAGACAAGGUGGUAGUAUUGCUAUUAUUGACCGUGGUACUGGCGUUAACAGUGCUAGUAACUCUGCAGAGUUGUUAAAACGUCUUUACUCUGAACCUGAUGGACGGGCAGAGUUACCAAACUCACCAAAGAUGGAAUAUGAUCUCUGUUGUACAUCUAAACAUCCCACUACAGAUGUAAACAAUGGAACAGCGAGAACAAGGAAUACUAAUAAUACAACUAAUACUAAUAAUAAUAAUACUAUAGAAGAUACACUACAUUUAAAACGACAUUCAUUAUCUUCACCACAUUUAAUGAGAAAUCGUAAUACAGUUAGUGAACAAGAAGCGAUUACAUAUGAUAUUCCUUCCGAAUGCUCUAGUUUAAACUCUAGUAUAACUCGAACCCCCCGUGCAAAAGAUCGACUCAAAAUGGAAAGUGAAAAUGCGACACAAGAAGACCGAGAAGAAGAAGACGAAGAGGAAGAACGUCAACAACAAUUACGACGACAACAGCAAAGAAAUGGUUCUAUCACUUCACCAGAUAAUAAAGAGGAAAUGGAAGAAUUAACACCAUAUGAUGAAGAAGAUGAAGAAGAAGCUGUACAACGAUAUAUGGGAAAUAGUCCAUCUAUGAAAGCAAUUCGAGAAGAAAAGAAAGAUUCUACACUUUUACAUAAUCCUGCACUAGAAGUAAUGUCCCAAGUAACAUCUGAGGCAGAAUAUAAUUCUAUGAGACGUUCACGAACUCCACGAUCGGCUCGUUUUCGAGCCCGAAGAUUUUGGAGAGAUGCCCCACGUUCUUCUUCACCUCCACGACGUGAGAAACAACGUUGUCAUCGUAAUAAUGAACAUGUAUUACCAGAUGGUCUUUCAGACACUAUUUGUCGUUCAUUAAGUUUAUAUAAUGCUUUUGUUUUAGAUAUGGAGAGAAAGAUAUGGUUUGUGGAUGAUCGUGUCCUCGCACGUUGUUUGGAUUACAUUGGACUGAUGGGCUAUGGAAUUCCAAAUCAGACUCAAAGACAACCUCAAGAUCAACAAUCACAACAACAACAACAACAAUCACAACAGCCAUUAGAGACUAUUCCAGCAGAGGUAUGGGGACAGUUGGUAUCACCUAUUGUUCGUGUUUCUCAGGAACGGUUACGCGCAGCCGAGUCUGCAGGAGAAAGAUCAUGUCAUUGGACAUUAAAUGGUAAAGCCUCUUGGACAGCUACACGACCAAAGUCAUCUUUAUUAUUUCUUAGUCAACAGGAAGCGGAGCGAUGGCUCUCUGAACAGGAAUUUGUUAUUGGUACUAUUUUAGCCUGUUGUGCCUGUGAUGAUCGUGGUCCAGCUUGUGGUAGUGAAGGUGCAGUGCCUUACUUAACACCCAUGUGGCAUCCUAUUGUCCAAGCUGCAGCUUUUGUGCUUGGUCGUUUUCCCCAUUGGGGUGGUGUUACUGGUUUUAUAGAGAUGUGGGAACGUCAAGUAGGGAUUGUUCUUGGUACAGCUGCUCCUUCACAUCAAAAAUUAUUUAGAUUCCCUGAAGAAAAUAUAAUCUUUUCAUCCGAUAUGGAAAGUGGAAAUUUAGCUCGUGUAGAGCGUAUGCGGAAUGCCCCACAUCAGCCAACGUAUAACUUGUGGUUAGAACCAGAACCAGGAUGUGAACAGCGAUUGUGGUUUCGAUUUGCAAUAGCAGGAGUUCGUCCACUUGUGGCGAUUUCUCUUCGACUUGUUAAUAUUCAACCCAAUACAAAAUUAUAUAUGCGAAAUGGAAUGCGUCCAGUCUGGCGUGCGGGGAAUUCCCCACGACAAUGGACACCUGUAGGUCAAUGUGUAUAUCGCACUAUUAACAAUGACUCAGAUGGAGAGUUAACGUUUGUGAUUAUUCCCCGCAGCACGGAUGUUGUACAAGUUGCUUUUUGUGUUCCCUACACAUAUGCAGAUCUCCUUUGCCAUAUUUGUCACUGGCAUCAAUUAGUAAAAAUGAGUGUUUCUGGAAUUCGUUUUGAGGAACGUGUAUUGUGCUAUACACAAGAUGGGCGGAAAUUACAUUUACUGGUCAUUACUAGUCCAACAGCGAAGGGAUUACCAACACGUAAUAAACGUCGUGGAAAUGAUGGGAGUUGUGCCCCAACAACAACCGCCACCACCGCCGCUGCUGCUGCCGCUGCUGUUUUAACAGGUGGUGUGGGUUCAACAGGAACGGCACGGCGAACACUUCUUGGCCCGUAUUCUCAUUUUGAUAAUGGAAAGAAAGUAAUUUUAUUAAGUGCUCGUGUUCAUCCUGGUGAAGUGACCGCCUCUCAUGGGAUUCAUGGGGCUAUUUCUUUUCUUCUCUCACGUGAUCCACAGGCGGCACUUUUACGUGAACAUUUCGUUUUUUAUAUUGUUCCCAUGUUAAAUGCGGAUGGAGUGGCUCGAGGUCAUUCUCGAUUAGAUCAAAACGGGUUUAAUCUUAAUCGUUGUUAUAAUAAUCCUAAUCCACAAACACAACCCACUGUGAAUGCCUUACGUAAAGUAUUUGAUCACCUUCAACAAACCUUUCGGGAGCGUUUCUUUAUGUACAUGGAUUUUCACUCUCACGCUUCCCAAUCAAGUGGGUUUAUGUUUGGAAACUUCCUUCCCAUGACUGUACAACACUGGAAUAUGGUAUUUCCCAAAAUUGUGAGUCUACACGCAAAGGAUGUCUUUUCUUUCCCAUUAUGCCGUUUUGGUAAAGGACAUAUGACAUCUAAAGAAGGCAGUUCUCGCGUUUUAUUUGGUGGAAGUCUUAUUCAUUCCUACACUGUGGAAUUAACACACUUUUCAAACAAUCGCAUGUAUGUGGAUGGUGUGAAUAGUGAAGAUGCGAUUGCAUUAAACCGUCCAUUGAUAACAGGCAUGAAUACAGAUGGAGAAUCAUGGGAAUCCCGUUACGCCAUCACACAUGAAAUACGUCGACGUCCCCACAAUAAUAAUAAUAAUAAUAAUAAUAUUAAUAAUAGUAGUAAUAACAAUAACAAUAACAACACACGCAGUGAUGUCAAUGGAGUCACAUCCACAUCCACACCAGCCCCAUCGCGUUCUCGUUCCGCCCGACCACGACGACAACAACAACAAGCACAACAAUUAUCAUCAUCAUUAUUGGCUCCAACGCCGGCCUCCCAUCAACCACCACCGCAGCCACCGCAGUCCAAACGCCAAAACACGGCAAGGCGCCCAACGGAUAGUGACAACAACACACACGACGGUGUGGGUGGGCGAAGAAGACGCCUGCCGCUGCGGCACAUAGAGAUUCCGUGUGUUCUCUCGCAGAGUUCCGAGGUGGGCCGGGCGUGUCUGGUCGCCCUGCUGGACUACUGCGGCAUUGAGAACCACGGCACCCCACACUUUUUGGCCUACGGCGGUAUAGAGCGGACACUGCGAGAGGUGAAGCGAACCGGAAAUGCAACAGUUGUGGCGAAACCUCCUGCGUAUCGUCUGCAGUUUAACUACAAACAGUAUUGA